AUGAAGUCGGCAGCGCUCGUGAGCCUGCUCCUCUGGAGCGGGCUGUCUGCGGCGUGCGGCGGGCACGGAGACCAUGAUGGCAAGGAAUGGACAAAGGAAGAGCUCGACGAGCUGGAGGCGAAAUGGGGCAAUGAAUGGCCCUUCUCUGGCAUCGGAUCGUUUGCGCACCUGAGCCACUCCAAGUGCCUCACUGAUCCCACGGUGGACUAUGAUAUUGCCAUUGUUGGCGCGCCGUUCGACACGGCCGUCUCCUUCAGGCCAGGUGCUCGCUUCGGUCCGCGAGCCAUCCGCCAGGCCUCCUCCCGCCAGACAGGUUUCCGCGGCUUCAACCCGCGUGCGAGCAUCAACCCCUACCAGAACUGGGCCAAGAUUGUCGACUGCGGCGACAUUCCCAUCACGCCCUUUGACAAUGACAUCGCACGCGAGCAGAUGACGCAGGCUCUGAAGCAGCUGGGCAAGGGCAAGACAGUCUCGGCGCUGAGCCCCAAGCCCAAGCUCAUGACCCUGGGUGGCGACCACAGCCUGACGCUGCCGGCGCUGCGGGCACUAAAGGAGAUCCACGGGCGACCCGUUCGUGUGCUUCAUUUCGACGCCCAUCUCGAUACUUGGAACCCCAAUGCCUACCCCUCGUACUGGGGAGCGACGCAGUUCACGCAUGGCUCCAUGUUCUGGAUGGCCAACCAAGAGGGCCUUCUCUCCAACUCGUCUACCGAGGCCUCAGUGCACGCUGGCCUGCGGACGCGCCUCGGCGGCACAGCAUGGGCGGACAACGAGGACGACUCAUCGCAGAACUGGGUCCGCUUUUCGGCCGACGACAUGGACGAUAUUGGCACGCAGGGCAUCAUCGACGGCAUCAUGCGCGUGCUCGGCACCGAGGACCCUGUGUAUCUGUCGGUGGACAUCGACGUGCUGGAUCCGGCAUUUGCGCCCGGCACGGGCACGCCCGAGCCCGGCGGCUGGACGACGCGCGAGCUGAUCCGUGUGCUGCGUGGCAUUGAGGGCCUCAACUUGGUGGGCGCUGAUGUCGUCGAGGUAUCGCCCGCGUACCAGGGCAGGGGCGAGGAGACGGCGCUGGCGGCAGCUCAGGUCGUCUACGAGCUGCUGAGCUCCAUGGUCAAGCGUGGCAUGAAGGAGAUGGGCAAGGAGGUGGUGCCCGAGGCGAAGCAGAAGCUGCUCAAGGCCUACGAGAAGAGCAACGGCAAGGACGAGUUGUGA